AUGCAUACUCGAAGGUCGAAGAGCAUUGACCUAGCUUCCUUUGAUCCUGAGCUUGAACAAACACUUCGAAAGCUUCGGAGAAAAAUCAAGCAGCAGCGUGCAACGGUGUCCUUGCCACCAUCUUCUCCACCACAUUUGAGUUCAGAAGAGGAGGAAGAACCACCAGAAGACAUGGCUGAUAACCGUACUUUGAGGGAGUUGGCAACGCCAAAUACGGAUCAACAGCCAUUGUGCAUCACAUAUCCAAAUGCAGAAGGAGGAUUUGAGCUCAAGUCUGGCAUGAUUCACUACUUGCCUAAGUUCCAUGGCUUUUCAACAGCUCUUACCAGAGCAAAGAGGGGCAAUGAGCGUGUGGACUACAUCCCAGGAGUUUCUUCGACACGACUAGUAGACCUUCCUCAUUUCAUGGAUGGAAGCUUCCCAAAUAUUCUGAGACACAUCCAUGAAGAUUUUUCUUGGGUGCCUAGAGCUCAAUAUCUCUUAUUCCCCUCCAUCUAUGAGCUCGAAACCCAAGUCCUUGACGUCUUAAGAGCAAAAUUCUCACUACCCGUUUACACCAUUGGCCCUUCAAUACCUUACUUCAACUCAAACAAUGACCCUAGUGAUAGUGGUGUGUUUAACUAUUUAAAAUGGCUGGAUUCUAAACCUUCUAGCUCUGUGUUGUACAUCUCAAUGGGAAGUUUUCUUUCAGUUUCCAGUGCCCAAAUGGAUGAGAUCGCAGCUGGUUUGCACGAGAGCGGUGUUCGGUUCAUUUGGGUGGCUCGUGGAGAAACCGGUAGGUUGAAAGAGGUUUGUGGCGACAUGGGUUUGGUAGUGCCAUGGUGUGACCAAUUGAGAGUGUUGUGCCAUGAUAACUUUCCAGAGCAA